GUUUAUUGUGUGCAUUGGCUGCGUGUGAAGGCCUUGAUGGACCAUUGGAAGGAGGAGCUCCUGCUCGUGCAGCAUGAGAUGAAUUGGACAUCCAAUUUCUUCCUGCACAAAGCAGAGCAAUGGAUUCAUUUGUCUAUCACAGCCCAGGAUACCCAAUUGUUGGGACAUAUUGCCUAUGCGGCAUGGCAGGGGAAAAUGUAUUGGCACCUAUAUGAAGAUGUGAUGGAUGAAUUUAGAACAGCAAAAUCAUCAUGCUAG